UAGGGCUACUUAAGAUGUCGUCUGCAAGGCUCUACACUCAUAGUUUGACGCUCUUUUACCAAACUAAAACUUCGUGGCAGAUCUGAUCAGUCUACUCUACCCAGCAUGCAUCUUGCGUUAAGUUUUGUCGUGGCCGUGGUGGCCUGGGUUUCCGUGACAGAUGCUGUGGUUGAAGACAAAGUAACAUUAAGAGUGUUCGACAAAAACCUCAAGACUUCGGACGAAGAAAUUCAAAGACGCCUCAAGGAGGCCGAUCUGGAGGGACACGGGUUCAAGAAAGAGGUCGUCACCAAGCUCAUGAAAGUUCCAGGACAAAAGACGCCGAAUUACCUGAAACAGUACUUCUACUACAAGACCGUGGCGUGUGACCGGGUGAUGGAAGUAGAGAGGGAACUGAGCGGGUUGUUGAAAGGUGCCAUGAGUAAGAAGGUGGUUACCAAGAUGGGUCGGGCCGUGAGAGAUAAGGGACUAGUCAAAGACGCGAUGUGCCGUACUGGCGUAGAGAUUCAUCUCAACAAAGAGCAGAGCUGCGGUCAGAAAAAGCGACAAAAACGCAGCCCUUGUUGGGUUUGCCUGGGUUGGUGCUCUCGUGUCGAUGCUUUGGAAAAAGAAUAAGAAGGAAAAUGGCCUUACAGCACAUGAUAUUGUAGCUAACUAACAAAAAGGCCAAUAAAGAUAGUAUUACUUAAA